UCGCAACGUAUUAAGCUCUCCUCGGCUGCCGUAGAAUUUGGCGGUCUCCAGCGGCAGCGAGUGACGCGCCUACUUUUCCGCCCCGUCCGCGCCGCUUCGACUUCCGCCCCACCCUGCCUACGUCCGGAAAGUCCGACGACCUGGAAUGCAAUUGUUUCCGCAGCCGCUCUGCUCCUCGCAAGCUGUGCGGUUCUACUGCGCAGGAGGUUUUGCGGCGUGGUUGACGCUUUCCGCUCUCGGUGCGUACCUCGUAUUCUGGACAAAACCUUUCGGAGGUUUAUCAGAAACAUUUGGCUGGAGUCAUGACGAGGUGGGCUCGAGCUAAUGUCACCCACAGUAAGAAGGCUCUGGAUGCAACACCAUGGGAGGAUAUGAGAAAUGAUGCCACUAGUACCUCCGCAACAAAUAAAAAGCAAAGCUCUUCAAACAGGCUUUCUUUAAAGAGUACCCAGGGGAAGAAGAAAAACAAAAAGAAAAAAGACUAUUUAAAUGAAGAUGUCAAUGGUUUUAUGGAAUAUUUAAAACAGAACUCUCAAGUGUUGCAUAAUGGAUUGGUGAUCAACAACCAUGAAGCAAAGAAAGAAAUAGCUACAGCCUUGAAAAAAGACAGGCGGCGAGAGGAGAGAAGAGUGAAGAGGCAGGAAAUAAAGAAGAACACAAUGGUGUGCUUCCACUGCAGAAAGCCAGGACAUGGAGUUGCUGAUUGCCCAGCUGUACUUGAAAGCCAAGAUAUGGGAACUGGAAUUUGCUACCGGUGUGGCUCUACUGAACAUGAUAUCAGCAAAUGCAAAGUAAAAAUUGAUCCAGCUCUUGGAGAAUUUCCAUAUGCAAAAUGUUUUAUUUGUGGUGAGACAGGACAUCUUUCAAGAUCAUGCCCUGAUAAUCCUAAAGGACUUUAUGCUGAAGGAGGUUCAUGCAGGAUUUGCGGAUCUGUGGAACACUUUAAAAAAGAUUGUCCAGAGAAUCAAAACUCAGAACGAGCCAUAACUGUUGGUCGGUGGCUCAAAGGAAUGAGUGGAGAUUAUCAAGAAAUUCCAGAGAGUUCUAAACAGGAAAAACCCAGACCAAAAAUAGCUAAAGUUGUUAAUUUCUGACAAUUACUGUUUGGCAUUAUUUUUUAUAACUAUUCUUAGUAUAUGGCUAAAAGCUGUAAUACUACUGUUUUAUAGUUCCAGAAGAUGCCAUAAUUAUCCCAUUGGUCUCCUUGUCUAGGUGAUGAUCACUUAAUCUAAACUGAUGUUUCCUAGGCAGGGAGGGAAAUGCUUUGUUAGGUAGACAAAUUGCAGCAAGGAGCUCCUGACAGCCUCUUUCUGAACAGGAUGUUUAAUCUAUGCAGUUACUGGCUAACUAGCCUGAGCAACAUGUUGCUCAGUGGCAGCUAGUGUACCAAUAAACAAAAGUGAGGGGGACUAGGUCAACCCCCCCUUUUGUAAUUCAUGCUUUGAUACAUUAAUAUAUUCAUGAUAAAUUCAUGCUCUGAUAGGAAGUAUGUCACAUUAAAUUGAGUCCUGUUUAAGUGUCACUGUAGAUUUUUGCACUAUGGAUGAAUAAAUUAUGCAGCCAUUUUGUGAACAGUUGUGGAUGAGAAUCCAAGAACCAUAUUCAAACACUGUUCAUAGCAGAGCUGAUCUUGCAGCAUGAGAAACCUAGUGCAAAUAAAAUGAUUCUGGAGGUUUUCUGAGUUGAAUAAGCUACUUGCUGAAUUUAUUCUCCCCACCCUCAAAUGAACCAGGGUAAUAAAACCAUACAUAUCUCUUUU